UUAGAAAGAACUUCGCAGAAGUAAGCUUGUGGUUCCAAAUCCGGCACUUUUAGCGGUAAUAAUGUGAAGUAAAUUAUAUGUAUUGACCAUGCUACAUUAGAUAAUUCAAUAAUUAUUAACAAUUAAAGAGCCUGAUAAAAACUGCACGCUUGCUUCUCUGGAGUUCUUUCUAAUGCAAAAAAAAACGAACUAUAGAAUAGGUACCGUUAUUUAUUUGAUUGCAUCGUUUCAGGUAUCGUUGUUAGCUUGGUUUCUGCUGGUGACGGACGUGGCGAGCCAGGAGUACCUGCCGCCCAAGCCCGGCGGCGGAAAGAAACCUGCUCCGGAACCUACUUUACCAGCGAACUACGAUUUCUCAUACAACGUGGAAGACAGCGGCGUGAGCCUCGACUUCGGUCACAACGAGAAGCGAAAGGACGACCGCGCGACCGGCUCGUACCACGUCCUGCUGCCAGAUGGGCGGAUGCAGUUGGUGGAGUACGAGGCUGGGCCUGAUGGAUAUAAGCCACAGGUGAUGUACAUGGGCACGGCAACGUACCCCGCGCCGGCGGCGGACAAGUUCGAUGGCUACCACUACAACGCGGCGUCCAACCGGCAGAGCGUGCGGCAGGCCGCGCCGCGCCAGCCCGCUCGCACCGCGCCGCCGCCACCCGCAUCCCCCGCUCCUAUAGCCGCCCCCGCUAACGCCACGCAAUAGACCUCGGAUCUCCAUAGUCCACGGGAUGAAUCAAGUCUGUCCGGCCCACUAAAACAGCCCAUACUUAUACCAUAUAUAUAAUUCAGUCAGUGCGGCGAAAAAAGUACCGGAUGUUACGCGAAAUAUUGAUCUAUGUAAUCGCCUAGCGUGGAAAGCUUCAACGCAAAGGUUCUUUAC